AUGCAAUUGAGAUGUGCUAGGCAGAUUGCCGUGGUGUUUUUGCACCUUCUGCCGCUCCUCGGCCGUGUCUCUGCGCUUGAGAUAGAUGUCAAUGAUCCCAACUCGAUCAAGCAGGCCGCUAGCUCGGCUACCUGGGAUAUGAUGACCUAUUACCACGGCAAUGAGACCGGAGCGAUUCCAGGUUAUUUCCACUCUUGGUGGGAAGGAGCUGCCUUGUUCCUGGCGCUUCUGAAUUAUUGGCACACCACCGGCGACACAACCUACAACAAGGAACUCACCAUCGGGUUACAAUGGCAGGACCAGGGGAGUGGAAAGUACAUGCCUGCAAACUGGAGUACUGGAAUCGGAAAUGACGAUCAAAUGUUCUGGGGUAUUGCGGCAAUGACCGCAGCAGAGUACAAGUUCCCGAACCCUCCCACUGGCGACACCUGGCUCACCCUCGCCGAGGGUGUGUUCUACGACCAGAGUAGCGACAACGGGCAAGGAUGGGACACAACCAUUUGCGAGGGCGGGCUUCGCUGGCAGAAGUUCAUCGCGCAAAGUGGCUACGUCAUGAAGAACGCAGUGUCGAAUGGCGGAUUUAUGAUGCUUGCAGCUCGUCUUGCUUAUUACAACCAGAAAGACUCGUUCGCGGCUUGGGCCGAGAAGACCUGGGACUGGGCAACCACAGCCGGCAUGAUUGUCAACACCACCGCAACCUGGUCUAUUUGGGACAGUCUCAGUAAAGGGACGGGCGGCAUCGUCCCAGAUUGCACCGGUCCGGGUCACACCCAAUGGACGUACAACUACGGUACUUUCAUAACAGGCUGCGCUUAUAUGUAUGCCUAUAAGUUCGGUCCUGUGGGCAUCAAAGGGUAUGCGAUUACGAACGACACCAAAUGGCUUUACCGGACGAACAAGCUGUUGGACGCGCUGUUCCAAGGCUUCUUUCUCGCCAAGACCGGCGGCGGCAUCUCCGAUCAAACUUGCGAGGCUACAGACCAAUGUGACGAAGAUGCGAACGAUCCCCUGUUCAAGGGACUGACUAUAUCAUGGCUCAUGGAUGUGGCCCUAGUCGUCCCCACUCUCAAGCCCAAGAUUCUCCCCAAAAUCCAAAUUACAGCGAGUCUGGCCGGUCCAGCCUGUACGGGCCAUGGCGGUAUCGCCUGCGGUGGUCAUCUGUACGGCCAAUAUGAUGGCCAAGCGAGCAUGGAGAAUCAGAUCACCGCUGUUCAGGUUUUCAGUGCCGCGAUGUUACCAUACCUCAAAGCAGACGCGGCGCCCGCCAAUGUUGAUACCGGAGGAAACAGCUCGUCUGAUGCCAAGCCUGGCGGCGGAGAUACCGACGCCAGCCUGCCGGUCUACAAAAACAUCACGACUGGAGACAGGGCAGGAGCUGGAAUCCUGACCGUGCUCUUCAUUACUGGCCUGGCCAGCAUGGGGGGGUUUCUUGUUGAUGGGCGCAUGACAUGUACCCCUGGCUUACUGGAGGACGUGCAAAUAAGGGGAAUUCUUGUAACUAUUUAUCAAAACCUGUGGUUUUCAUUCUUGCCUACUACAUCGAUACCAUUUCGAAAUUCAUAUUUGUUAUAG